AUAUACCAAACCCAAGCCUCCGCCCCGGUGUAACCUCGGAUUCUCGGUGGCCACGUUAAAACCCAGCCCCGCGCCGCGCCCAUGCAGAAGAACAAGGCCAGCUUACUGAUCCCCGUCAUCCAUUCUACCCUGUCUCGCCGGCGAUCAGAGCCAAGCUAGGGUGGAAAGUAGCUAGCUAGGCGCGGGAAUGGCGAUCGGCGGGAUCAUCGGCGGCCACCACCGGCACUCCGUGGUGGCGUCGCGCGUGGCCAUGUUCGCGCACCUGCUCUUCCUCACCACCGCCGUGCUCAUGCUCGUCUGGCUCCUCCGCUUCCGCGGCGGCAUCAACAUACAGUCCGACGACCCUGAGCAGAUCUUCAACGUCCAUCCCUUUGUGAUGACAUGGGGGUUCAUUCUUCUCAUCGGCGAAGCCAUACUGGUGUACACGACGAUCCCGAUGAACCACCGGGCGCAGAAGAUGGUGCACAUGCUGGUGCACCUGGUGGCCUUCAUCCUCGGCGUCUUCGGCAUCUACGCGGCCUUCAAGUUCCACAACGUGGCCGUGGUGCCGGACCUGCUCAGCCUCCACUCCUGGAUCGGCAUCGGCGCCAUCUCCCUCUUCGCGCUGCAGUGGCUCAUCGGCUUCGCCGUCUUCUGGAUGCCCGGCACGCACGAGCACACGCGCGCCGCCGCGGCCCCCGUGCACGUCGCGGGAGGGCUCGUCAUCUUCCUCCUGGCCGUGUGCGCCGCGCAGACGGGGCUCGUCCAGAAGAGCGCCAGCGCCACGCCCGGCACCGAGGCCAGGCUCAUCAACGUCACCGGCCUCUUCAUCGUCUUCUACGGGGUCACCGUCGCGGCCACCGUCAUGCUGCGCAUCGCCACGCGCUACCAGUAGUAGCUCGGUAGCCCCUCUUCUCGAUGGGUCUGUGUACAUGUCUGUUUGAUUGGUUGGGUUUCUUUCACCAUUUGUAAACGGCUGGUACAUGUUUACGUGUACUACAUGUAAAACAAGUUUGGGUGGUUUGCGUGGUGUGUGUGCGUUAUGUCCUGAACCUUUUGUGCGACAUUUCUAAUCGGCUCGUUCACAGGAGCUUUGGAAAGAAACUUUGGGUUUCUCAA